AUGGGUUCCAUUCAACCAGUUGCUCAGAAGCUGACAUUCUCUUACGCCGAUGCCCUCAAAAAAGGGCCGAGGACUGUGAUAGCCCCAAAAAGCAAGCCACUUUCUGACCAGAGCGAGGAUGACAAGUCCAAUCUGACGACACCGCCGACUCCGGCUGCACCCCAAACUCCUACUGCACCAGUAGCUCAAAUAGACUUGAACGAUAACACUACAACAGCGGUCAAUCAUCAAGAGCCAGAGACUCCGGCAGCGUCGGAAGAAUCAGCCCCGUCUCAUGAUACAGAGAUAUUGGAUGGUGAGAAAGUAAAACCAGCUGAACAGAAAAGUCAUGACGAGCCUAAGCUGGCGCUGCGGCAACCACUGGUAUCCUAUGCCGAGGCUGUCAAAGGAUUGAGUUCGACUCCAAAGGUCAAAUCAGCCCAAGACAAGAACAGUAGCAAAUCAAUUGGUGGGCCUUUAACACACCGAAAGAAUGCUAACGCCAUGAACUGGUUGACCACGCAAAGUCCCGUGAAUGGAGAGUCAGUCAAAGCACAGAGUCCAAAACUUCAGCAAAUUCCCAUCCCAAACCUCAUAGUCAAGAGAGCGGCCAUGAGAAAGGCAGUUCAAGCAGCAAAGGUGGCAUCUCAGCGAGCGGCAGCUCAAAAAGAAGUCACUCGGAAGACUGCUCAAAAGUUGCAUUCACAAGUCCUUAAUGGGCAACGUGCCUAUCAGCAAGAGAUCGCACAAGCUGAAUUGGUGCGGCGAUCGGAACUUCACCCUGCAGCUGCCCCAUUCAAACCGAUGGCGGCUCUCCAGCAGACCUGCUUCCAAAGCGACACCUACGUGCUCACUGCUGCAGACAACAUGUGCAGUCAACGGCUGCUAACCAGCACAGUCGCUACCACAACCCAUCUCACUCAUGUGCUGAUGGCACAGAAAUGCAUGCAUUGCAAAGAGAUUGGUCUGUAUCCCGCUGCCACUAUCAUCCAUCGUCCCAAUGACGAUGGCUGGGCAUCUGCAAGCUUCUCCCCUGAGAAAGUUCAGACGGAUCAGAGCUUCCACGACCGGAUCGCAAUCAACUCUCAGAAGUACGUGGAUGGAUCUCCAGAUCAGAAACCAGCCCAAUCUCGCAUCUAUGACAGGCCACUCAUCGAGCAGUCUGCCACCAAUUAUGCCAAAAACGGGAAUAUUGAUGGGAAUAUUGAUGCAGACAAGUUCUACGAGCCCCUCAGGGAGGGGCUCCUCCUAAUGUACAAGGAAGAGGGUGCAGACAUGCUUCCUCUUCGAGCGGCGGUCGCAAACGUCAUUGACGCUUGCUUGAUGUACUUGGCGCUGAGCGACCAGUUUCAACUCGAGCUCCAAACGCCAGUAUGGUCAAGCAUCCUCCUUCCAAAAUUGAUUCAGGACAACCAACGCUUCGCUGAGAUGGGGCUUCUUCCUCCACUUUUGAAGGACCCGAUUAGCCAGGCGGAGUGGGAAGAACAUCAGGGUGAGGCCACCCUGUUGUUGUGGUAUGAGGCCUACGGUCCCUCGGGGUACGAGAGGAUCAAAGAUCUUCACGAGUUUCAUACCGCCAGGACCACCCAAACUAAAAAGUAUCUCGAAUCCCGAGAGUACACAGACAGCUUAUCAGGCUGGGACAUUUAUAAUGUUAACCUUGCUCUUUCGCACAUUGAUGAGGUGGCCGAUGGAGUGGUCAUUGACGCAACGCAGACGUACUAUGAGGCCAACGAGGCCGAAAUGGAACGGGAGCAUUACCACUAUAAGGUUUGGGUUGGCCUGCCUCCCGAGGUUGAGCCUUCAGAAUCCGACUACGUCGUCUCCCGGCUUGUUGUUCAAGCUGGCCAAGAGAAUCCCUUGCCGGAGGGUUUAUCAGCCAACUCCGAGAGCCCCAGUAAGCGUUCCGAUGCCCCUGGCCACUGA